CAAUUUUGACUUCUCCCUCUUUCUAUCAAAUCAUGUCCUACAUUUGGAAUUUUGAGCGUGCUGUCAUCUCGCAGGACCUUCACUAGAGAUGUUUCACGGUGUUCUCAUUUUGACUUUCGCUGGACUGCUGCUCUGCUCCACAGCUGCACAAUCUACCAGCUCGUACACCACUACUAGUCAACCAAAGUCCAACAGCCAUCUUGAGCCCAUUCCAUACACAAAAUCGUGUCCCAAAAAUCUCUACGAUUGUGGAAUCCUGUCACCUUAUCAAAAAUGUCACAGGGGCGCCGACGCAGUUUAUUAUGCAUCGACAAGCAUGGCCGACGCUUUUGCGAUGUGCCUCUCUCCCAUCUUAUAUUUUGCAAAAAUUGCCUUCAAUGAUGAAAAAGGCGAUAUAGACGUAAUAUGGUUCCAUGCUCAUUUCCGGUGCGAAAAUAACGGAUGGAAGUACUGCAGAGAUGGAUGGUGUCGUCCUGUUCGCCACUUCGCAUGCUACGAAACUGGAUUUAACUUACAGUCAUUUUGAAACGCUCUAUGCAGAGAUAUUAUGUUUUAACAUUCUUUGUUUGCAGUUUGAUACUAAGGCAUGACUGAGCGCUCUUACCCAGAUUCCCUUCUAUUUAAUGAACAUUGAAAAUUGCCGAUCUUGUAAAAGGAUUUAGCUUUUGCGUUUCAAAGCAGCUCUUGUUGCUCAAAAAAGAGCUCAUUACGUUGUCACAUUCUUAUCUGAGAUCACUGGAAUUCAUCCGC